CUUCAUUUCUCAGUGUUAACAACAGCCUCCUUCAAUCCCCACCUAUCUUUUUCCUUCUUUCUCGGUUUUCUCCUAUUCUUCCUUAUUCCCGUUAAUCUUAAUUCCCCCAUUAAACAUCUACACCAAGAAACCCCUUCUGCAAAUCAAUCCUUAGAAUCAUAAAAGAAUCAAAACCAGAAAAUCAGUUUGAAUGUUUUAAUGGAGUCUAAAUCUGGGAAGAAGAAGUCUAGUAGUAGUAGUAAUAAUAAUAAAAUCCAUUACGAAGCUCCUCUUGGUUACAUCAUUGAGGACGUUCGUCCUAACGGUGGUAUUCAGAAAUUCCGAUCUGCUGCUUACUCCAACUGCAUGAGGCAACCAUCCUGAUAAAUUUCCGGGGUUCAUUGAUUAGAAUUUUUAUUUUUUUCCGUUUUUUUUCAUUUGAUUCAGAAAAAAAAAAAAAAGAAAGUCCCCAAUUUUUUUUGUUUUUGAUUCUUGAUUUGAAGCCAUGUCCAUUAACGUUUCGGCAAUUGGAUUCGAGGGUUUCGAGAAACGUUUAGAAAUAACAUUUUCAAACCCGCCUGUUUUUACGGACCCAAAUGGGUCGGGUCUCCGAUCCUUAACUCGGUUACAACUCGACUUAAUCCUUGACUCAGCAGCAUGCACAAUCGUAUCUCAGCUUUCAAACUCGGUGUUCGACUCGUACGUUUUAUCCGAGUCAAGUUUAUUCGUUUAUACACACAAAAUCAUUUUAAAAACAUGUGGUACCACAAAGCUACUCCUCUCCAUUAAACCGAUUCUGAAACUCGCUGACUCAAUCGGACUCACUGUGUCGAGUGUUCUUUACUCGAGAGGAACCUUCAACUUCCCAAACGCUCAGCUUUCUCCGCAUAGAAGCUUCUCAGAAGAAGUUGGUUAUUUGAAUGGGUAUUUUGGUAAUUUGCCAAGUGGGUCUCAGCCUCAGGCCUAUGUUCUUGGAGAUCCAACGGCUCCAAACCGUUCUUGGCAUGUUUACUCAGCAUCUGCCGACGUGGAGAAACGAACGACUGAGAUUACGAUUGAGAUGUGCAUGACUGGGCUUAACAAGGAAAAAGCUGAUGUUUUUUACAAAAAGGAAAAUCAUGCAGCGAAAGAAAUGACGAAAUUGUCUGGGAUUAGUGACGUCAUCCCUAGUCACGUGAUCUGUGAUUUUGAUUUUGAACCAUGUGGGUACUCGAUGAAUGGAAUCGACGGUGGGGCCUACUCUACUGUGCACGUGACCCCUGAAGACGGAUUCAGUUACGCUAGUUACGAAGCAAUGGGAUUCGACCCAGAUUCGAUCCAUUUCGAGGUUUUGACUAAGAGAGCAUUAAGGUGUUUUGAGCCUAAGGAAUUUACUGUUGCUAUCACGUGCUUUGGUAGUGAUUUGGCACGUGAGUGGAUGAGUUUAGGUGGUAACGUGGAGGGGUUCACCUGCCGGAGUGCGGUGGAGCAGGAGCUGCCAGGUGGUGGAUUAGUGGUGUACAAGACUUAUGUGGUGGAGGCACCGGUACGUGAGAUGCACGUCCCUUUAUCAUUUAUUGAUAUGUCUUUUUGGAAGGAGGUGGAAGCGGUGGAGGUGGGUGAUGAGAUGGUGACUUGUGGCGGCGGUGUAGGCGGAGAUGGUGGAGGAUUCUUGGGGUAUAAUAAUGUGGCUUGUGGUUGCUGAUGGUGAUGCAAUUUAAUGCUUAUUAGUUAAUUGAAGUUUUAAUAUAGUUUAGUGUUUCGAUGAGUAUAAAAGGUCAUGGUCAUGGCCAAUAGUCGUACUAUUAAAUAAUUGAAUAAUAAUGUUAUUCCAGUUUUGAUGGAGUA